AUGCCAACUUUGAGCGUUUAUAGUGAUGUUUUGUUUGUGGUUGUCGUGGUUAUGAAUUCACAAUUUUUCCACGUUGGGGGACAACAAGCUGCCCCACCGAACAUUCACAUGGGUCUUUUGCUUGAGACCGGAGGCGCGGAAAGCUUCGACCGAUUCCGCGUCCAGCCCGCCGUGGAUAUCGCCCUGGAGACGGUCAGACGUCGGGUGGACACCGGUGCCUACCUGAACUUUACCCUCACCUACGAGUUCCAGUCCACGGGAGCCAGAUGCACUCCGUCCUCCAUGAUCGCUCCCGGAGUGGCCUCCAAUAUGUUCCACCAGCGAGGGGUGGGAGUGUUCCUGGGUCCGGGAUGUAGCUUCCAGUGCGCGGCGGUAGCUGACCUGGCAGCUUACUGGAACGUUCCGGUGUUAUCCGGUGCUGCGACAUCUGCAGGUCUUGACAACAAGGCACAGUACAAGACCCUGACUCGGACCGCAUUUCACUUGGGUGCACUUGGGCAAUUUGUAGUUGCCUUGUUCAACAGGUGGUCUUGGGCUCGAUGUUCCAUCAUCUGGGAGGAUAUCGGGCUGUGGGCGAUCCUGACGGGCAGCAUCCGGAGCAGACUUGAGGAGGCAGAGAUCUAUGUGAACCCGGUCAUUCUGGGCUUGCAAGCAUCAACACAAGACGCCUUGGAUGCUGCAGUGCGCAGAGGAAGAAUUAUAUUCGUGAUUGCUCCGGUGGGCGUGGUCCGGGAUAUCAUGAUCAAGGCGUACAAGGCAGGAUACAUCAACGGAGAGUUUGUCUUCUUCUCCAUCUACAUGGUCAACAACAAGUGGCGCUUUGGGGACUCGUCCUGGGCGUGGGUAUGA